UCAUGGCUCAACGGUGGAAUUUCUCGAUCAACAUCUGCCUUUUAUUAAGACUAGUUCAACUUUCAAGUACUUUAGGGAGUGCACAUUUGAUGUCUGAAAAUCCAUCCAACAUGGUAGAAAGUGAAUGUCCACCAGAUGAUGGAAUGGUUACGAGCACCACGCUAGAGCCAGCAAGUUCAAAUCAGGAAUUUGAAAACGAUGACAAUGAUUCGAAUCCAUCGACACCAGCUUUUGAUUCGGAAACACCGGCGAUUCCUGCUGAAUAUGAGAACGAAAACGAACACUCGAAAUUAAACGAGGAUGCUACAGAAGCUAAACCUAGCGAAGAGGAUUUGGAGAAUCCUGCACAAGCAGAUCAUUCGAAAAAAGACGAUCGACCGGGAGGAAUUGCUCCUCAAGAUACACAUGUUACGGAAGGCAAACCGGACGGAAGUAAAAGCACGACUGAAGAAAUCGGAACCAGUUCCUCAGAAAAGCCAGAUCUACAGAGAACCUAUGAUUCGGUAGUCAAAAUAAUCUACCAAGCUGGAGAGUAUCAUAUUGUGAAGGACAUGGUAUUGGAGGCCUACAUUCGAAACACUAUUCAAGAACAUCUGAUCAACCCGGUGAUCCGGGGUACAGCUCCGUGUCCCUAUUUUUCCAAGAUCAAAAAAUGCUUUGACACAGUCGAAGCUGAUGUGAAGGCAGUUACUUUGGAAAGCGCGAAACAGUAUAGAGCUUGCAGUAAUUCGAAUCAAAAAGUUCCCUGCGCGAUACGAAGCUGUGAAGCUGCUGCAGUCAAAUAUGCAGAAAUAACCAAAGGAAUAGUAAAAUGUGCGGAAGAUAGUGGUACCCUGAUAAAAUACAACUAAAAUAGAAUCCAAUCACUUGAAAAGCCGCUUUAAAGUUGUAGAGAUGAGAUGAACGAU